CGUCUAGAGGACUCCAACUCCCGGCGUGCAUUGCGCGCUCUGGGGCAUGCGCAGUGCGGGCGGGGCCCGGCUGUUGCGCUAGAAGCAGGAGGUUAGUGCAGGCCCAGGGGUGUGCGAGCUUCCCCCAUGAUGAUAUCUUGUGGGCCUCUAGUUCUCCUUUCCCCCUUCAGCUGAUAGUCAAGCAACAGAUGUGGUACAGAGGUGGAAAAUGGCCGACAGCUUAAAAAUCUUUCUCCAGGACCUGGUCCGGGGUAUUAAAGAUUCCAUUUGGGGAAUUUGCACAAUCUCGAAGCUCGAUGCCCGGAUCCAGCAGAGAAGAGAGGAGCAGAGGAAGAGGCGGGCGAGCAGCGCCCUGGCCCAGCGGAGAGCUCAGAGCGAAGAGAAGAAGCCGGAGAAUGAACCGCGCAUUGUCACCCGAAUAUUUCAGUGUUGUGCCUGGAAUGGUGGCGUGUUCUGGUUGAGUCUGUUUUUGUUCUACCGAAUGUUCAUCCCGUUGCUGCAGUCUCUCACUGCGCGCAUCAUUGGUGAUCCAUCCUUGCAUGGAGAUGUCUGGUCCUGGUUGGAAUUCAUCCUCACAUCGGUGUUUAGUGCCCUCUGGGUUCUGCCACUCUUUGUCCUAAGUAAAGUGGUGAACGCCAUCUGGUUUCAGGACAUAGCGGAUUUGGCCUUCGAGAUGUCCGGCAGAAAAGCACAGUCUUUCCCCAGCGUCAGUAAAAUUAUUGCCGACAUGUUGUUUAAUCUCCUGCUCCAGGCUCUCUUCCUUAUCCAGGGCAUGUUCGUCAGCCUGUUCCCGAUCGAUGUGAUUGGACAGCUCAUCAGUCUUCUCCACAUGUCUCUGCUCUACUCCUUAUACUGUUUUGAGUAUCGAUGGUUCAAUAAAGGAAUUGAGAUGCACCAACGGUUAUCCAAUAUCGAACGCAACUGGCCCUAUUACUUUGGAUUCGGUUUACCCCUGGCCUCUUUAACAGCAAUGCAGUCAUCUUAUAUCAUCAGUGGCUGUCUAUUCUCCAUCCUCUUCCCGCUCUUCAUCAUCAGCGCUAAUGAAGCAAAAACACCCAGCAAAGCUUAUCACUUCCAACUUCGCCUCUUCUCGCUGGUGGUCUUCCUCAGCAACCGGCUUUUUCACAAGACCGUCUACCUGCAGUCCACAGCCGGUACCUCCACCAGCCCACACCCGUCACCUGCCAAACACAAGUCCACACUAGGGCACUGAAUCACAUGUGUAGGGGCGACGGGUGGGAAGGGAGUCCGUCCCCAGCGGCCAUGUUUUUAACUCUUACUGACAGACGGGCGCUGUGCCACAUUGGUUAAUUUUGUUUGGUAUUUUUUUGUUUCCUCCCUUGUUGCUGAGCCCUUCAGUCCGUUGUAAUUUUCAGAAAAUCAUGUGUGUGUCGUACUAGUGCAGCAAACGCCGUCAUCGGAUCACCCACUUUUUACACUUUGUAGUUUGAAAACUUUCCACAACGCUGGCAAAUAAACCUUGCGC